UGAUGUGGUCGUAUCUGAGCUUUCGUCCGACAGCGAGUCCAGUGGAUCGGACCACAAGGCUCGCAGUGCUGCGAAGAAAAAGCUCCCGACGCGUAGUGCCAGAGAGUCGACAACAAACAUGGUCGAAAAAGCGGCGUCCUCUCAGCCCAAAAAGAAAAACGUAGAUCACGAUUGGGACAUCGAUCCAGAACUCUUUGGCAUCAGACGAUCUGGCCGCACACGCCAGGAUUUGUUCGUUGGCUGUUCACUUCUGCUCGUGAUCGGUGUGCGUGUUGGAGAAAUGCAGUGUGCUGCGCUGGGGGGCAUUUUGGUUGUUGUUGGUGCUCUAUUCAGAUAG